AUGCGGGCAGCUGCGUCAGACAGCCGCUCCAGGCGUCCUUACCGCAAACAGGGCUGGGUGAGCGAAUCUUCGUCAGUUGGUGGGGAGAUGGAAGACCAGACGGAGGACGAGGCCCGAGCUCUGUCCCGGCGGCGGUUGAGCCUGAGAAUGUUCUGCAUGCUCGUCCUGGUGGCGAUUCCUGUGGUGGGGAUGGUCGUCCAGAGCACCCUCAACCUCCGGGAUGCCAAGCAGCAGAGAGACACCGGGGAGGCGGUCUCUACUGACAUCUUCCUGAGCACGCAGCAGGGGAAGGUGGUGGUGAACGUGGCGGUGGAGAGAGGCACCACGGCGCUGUACGUGGGCUCGGGCGGCGAUCCGCUGGUGUAUGAACGGUUUCCAAAGCUGUAUGGGAACACUGACGCGGCCAUGGCGGCGCUCCGGCAGUACCUGUGGCCGCAGAUGCCUGACUAUCCAUGGGAGUUCCAGAGUCUGGGCAACCUGCGCUCCUACAUCCGGGCACACAGAGCCAGUCUCUCCGUCAAUCACACGUCGUUAGAGGAACAGCUCAAGUUUUACACGGACAUCAACGCGUUCUUCAUCUCACGUCUGGGUAUGACUGUGCGACAAGCCGACACCACCCAGGUCUGGACCAACGUGGUGGCGUACCACAUGAUCGUGAUGAGCGAGGAGUACACGGGUCUGGAGAGGGCACUCGGGAGUGUCUUCUACGCAAGAGGAGGUCUGACUGACGACGACAGUAUGUACUACAACAAGGUCAGGUACUUCGGACAGACAUGUCUGGACCUGGCGUUGAGCUACGCGGUCGACGUCGCCGCCAUCUUCGGCAACGAAUACGUCAACACGACCUUGGAGAAGGGCAUCCUGAAGAUGCGGCGGGAGAUCCACACCAAUGACGCCGCCAGAGCCCGCAACGUGCACAUGGGGCUGCACUGGUUCGACAACAUGACGUCUUACAUCAGCAUUCUUCGGCGACUUGACGAACACCUGUCCAAGAAGAUCAUGAACAAGAUGGAGAACAGGGUCCAAGAACUCGACGUGCAACUGAGUUUCUACAUCGUGACCUUGAUCUUGGUGAUUGUCGUGAGUCCCCUCAUCACAUACGGGGUUCACAAGAUGGCGUCCGACACCCAGGCGAUCGCCUGUCGGCUGCAGAAGGUGGAGCUGGAACGGCACAAGGCUGACGGAAUCCUGUACCAGAUCUUCCCGAAAAGCGUCGCUGAAUGCAUGAAGAAAAACAACGCGGUGUCAGCACGGCAUUUCAAACAAGCUACAGUCAUGUUCUCGGAUGUGGUCGGCUUUGCUGACAUCUCGGCCGUUCUGUCCGCCCACCGGCUGGUGGACCUGCUGAACCGGCUGUACCACACACUGGACUCCGCCAUCGACCUGUACGAUGUCAACAAAGUGGAGAGCACAGGUAACGCUUAG